AUGUCUUCAAUUGGUAACGAAUAUACAAUCACUAUCCUAGGGUGCGGAGUGAUGGGAACCGCAGUUUUAUCUGCUAUUUUGAACUCAGAGUUCUCCCCUUAUCCCUCAAGAAUUAUCUGCUGCACAGGCUCCCAGAAGUCCGCUGAAAAAUUGGCCAGCACUUAUUCCAAGAUUGAAACUAGCUACGGAUCUGAGCAAAACAUCAGAGCCGUCAAAGAGUCAGAUAUCAUAAUUCUAGGGUGCAAGCCGUUCUAUUGUGAACAAAUCAUGGAACAGGUCAAAGAGGGCUUACACGAUCAAUUGCUAAUUUCACUUUUGGCUGGCUGGACGUUAACCCAACUAGAAAGGUACUCUAAAUAUGUAGCAAGGGUAAUGACCAAUACCCCGGCCAAAUUUGGAUGUGGAAUGGCUUGUGUAUCUCUAUCUUCGCACGCCGAGCAAUACGAAGAUCUAGUACUCAAGCUGGUUGGCCCAGUGGGCAAGGCUAUUAGAUUGCCCGAAAAGAAUAUGGAUGCCGCUACAGCUCUUGUAGGUUCAGGUCCUGCAUUCUGCUUGUUGAUGAUGGAAUCUCUCAUCGACGGAGCCGUCCAAAAGGGUUUACCAUUUGCUAUUGCUAAAGAUGCAGCUGCUAAAGUUAUGGAAGGCACAGCAAGGAUGGUUCUCGAGACUGGAGAACAUCCUGCCGCACUAAAAAGUGCUGUGUGCACCCCAGGAGGUACCACUAUUGGUGGUCUUAUGGCCAUGGAAGACCGAGGAGUCAGAAGUGGUAUCGCUCGAGGUGUGGAAGAAGCUGCCAACAUUGCCACUAGCUUAGGAAAGAAAUAG